AUGGCCUACCGCAAUACCUCAAGGCAGGCCGUCCUCGACGCUCUCUCCGACGUCGUCACAGUCAACCCAAACGUGGAAACCGACCGAGCUCGAUCUUCUCGACACGCUCACCACCCAUCUUACGAUCCAGAAUCCUCCUACCACGGUCUCCAGCCUCUUCCUCACUCCGAGCCUCCGCCCAUGGUUCCUGCCAAGAGCCCUUUCGAGGAUCGCAGCCUCCCACCACCUCCUGAAGUGCCCUCCAAAUCUGGAAACACCAUGGCUAGCAAAUUUGCCAAUGCUUUCCGCAAGCAGAGCGCCGACGACAAGGCAAAGAAGCGUGCAAAGGACAAGCGCUUGAACGACGAGAUCAACAAGACCACAGCUAAAGCAAGCCGCAUGGACAUUAUCGACCGUCUCGACUUGUCCGGGAUCAAUGGCUCCAGCAUGUUCCACCACGACUCGCCGUACGACGCUUGUGCCCCUCACAUGAACGCCGGCAAGCGAGCUCCCGUAGGUGCCUUUGACCCCAACGUGGACCCCAUGACGGGUCUCCAACGCAACGCAGCAGGCGGCAAGCGCGGCUCUCGCGUUCCCGCUCAGGACGGCAGCCCUGUGGACGAGAAGAGCGGCGCCGUACGACCCGGUCUCAACGCAAAGGGUGGCCGCAGUCGUAGCUCCACAGCGCCCCUUGUCCCUUCCCUCUCGAUGCACGCACAAGGAUCCGCCACAGAACUUCCCCUCGACGAAGAGGUGGAUGCCGACCGAGACGCGGAUGCCGAGCGUGUCUGGCGAAGUCGACAGGGCUACCACACUCAGCCCUCCAACGUCCCGGAAAGCCGCUACGAUGUUUCCAACCCCAAUGCCGACGUAUGGGGUGUCAGCGCCGAACCCUGGCAGGACUUUGCCCAGCCCAAAGCGCGCGUCCGUUCGACACUCAGCCCCUACUCUGCCGGCAACGGCGACGCCAGUGGCACCACCAGCGCUGCCAGCAGUGUCCUCGACAUGGAAGCCAUCAUGACGGGCCAGAAGAAGCCAUCGCGCCGUCAGGAGGAACUCGCCACCGGAAGCGCCAGCCCCUUCCCGGAGCCCAACUACGACGACCGCGCGCUUGCGGUUCCCUCGGACGGUCCCAAGCGCAACAAAAGUCUUAUCAAACGCAUCCGCAGCAUGCGCGACAACCCCAACGUCCCUCCACCCGAGGACGGCGUCGAGAUGGGCGUCCGUGGCAGCCGUCGUAGAGCAGCACACAAACAUUCUCCCAGUACACCGCCUAUGCGCACCGAUUCCGUAGCCGGCAGUGGAGCUUCCUCGUACGAAGCUCGUGCCGCUGCGGCUGACGCUGCCACCGGCGCCACCAGCGGCAGCUACAGCCGUCGCACCGGCCGAACGGUGGUGACGCCCAACGAGAGGGAUGUCAUCACGCCACGAGCGGGACGCGACGAGGACUCCUCCUACUUUCAAGGCCAGCAAGCCGGACGAUCUCCGACGAACGAAGGCGGAUUGACAAGGAGCGGUAGUUUGUUCGACAAGCUCAGACGUGGUCAGAAGCCCAAGUCGACGGAAAGGGCUGCUGCGUACACUUGA